AAAAUAAUGAUCAAAAAACAUUAGACAAUAUUAUAUUGUCUUAUAUUUCAGAAAAAGAAGCAAAUCAGAAAACAGAUAUACAACUGAAUCAAAAGGUUCUAAAAGAAAAUACAGAUUUAAACUGCGAGAUUAGAUUGUCUAAUGGUUAUAAUGAAAAAAAUAAAGUAGAUAGCCAAAAACAAAGUAAUAAUGAUAUAAUCGAUAAUGAUAAUUCUAGUGGUCAUAAAUGUG